AUGGCCGUUAUAACUUUUCAUAUGCAUCUCACCAUCGUAUUGCUCUCGUCGUCGCUCGCACAUCGCAGCUUUGGAGUGCUCAUGCUUGUGGUCCUCACUGGACGCCCUCCAGUCUCUGAGGAUGAUGGGGAAUCCAAGCAGAUCAUGCCAUGGGCAUCGCAGUGCUUGUCAUCGAAUGACAUAGAGAGCCUGAGGGACCCGCGCAUGGACGCCCCUGAUGAUGCGGUGCUGCGCCUGGCUGAGCUGGCAGUGAGCUGCACCGUGGAGCGCGCUGCAAGCCGCCCAAGCAUGGCGCACAUUGCCACCCAGCUGCAGGCCGUCAGGGAGGAGGUGGCGGGGAAAAAGGAGUUCUGCGCCGCUAUCAAGGUGGAUGCGCAGAUUCAGGAGAUGAAGGACGCUGUUGCGGGUGUGGAAAGUUUUGAGACACAACUUAGAAUGAUUGGGGAUCAGCCCUCUGGAUAG